GCCGCCGCCGCCGCCGCCGCCGCCGCCGCCGCGACGCCACUUCGUGUCCGUGUCCGAUCGCGUCGGGCCGGCGUCCGCCGCCGCCUUCAUCUCACGGGUCAAGCCCGUUUCUUCGCCGUAGUCAUCCAUGGCUGCGGCCGCGUCGCGCCGCCGGUCCGGAUUGGAGCCCGAGAGCUCGCCGCCGAACUGGUGCGCGGACGCGGUCGUCGAGCCCAGCUGAGCUCGAUGCUAAGGGAAGCUUUCGUGCCGCUUGCUCUUCGGCACGCCGAAAGCUACCCAAGAGCUGAUGCGAGAAGCGCCGCUAGUCUCGCGAACGCUGCGCUCACGCCCUGGUGCCAGCACCAAAGC